CUCUUGAAGACAGGGAAACCUGUUAGACAAGAUGUCUGAGGUUUGAAAGCCCUUCAAACAUUUCUGAGCCCUGAGAGGAUUUCAUGCUACUGCUUCUACUGUACAGAUAUAAACCCAAAGCCUCUACAUCCGUGAAUUGGGGCCCAAUGGAAUUUGCCUGUGGGUAUGUUUAUGUGCCGCAAUCACUGAGCCAGAGGGAAAUCCAACGAUCCAAUGGGGCUAAACGUUCAGCGCUCCUUCCUCCUGGUAAACCCAUCCGUCCUCGUACUGCUCCUCCUCCUCCUCCCACCCAAACAGUAGAUCCAAGACUCAAAGCAGAUCAGUCGGCUGCUUCUUCACCUGCACAGCUGGAAAAAAGCCGGGAGGUCAGGAUCCCAAAGCCCUUUUCGCUCUUCUACAAAUUUCCAGAAGUUUCCAGGAAAGCAGAGGCAGCUUCUUCCCCCGUAGGAGCAGGUUCUCCAUUGAUGCCACCUUCUCAAAAGACGGCCCUUCUGCCAUUGACUGUGAGAUCUACGGCGACUACCGAUUCUAACAAAAACCCUGCACAGCCCCAUGCCUCUUCUGAUGCCAACAGUCAGACGCCGGAUUAUGAUCAACCGAAUUAUGAGGCUGAUUCCAACAUGCAUCCAGCAGAUAAUCUUUACUCCUUUACAUUACCAGAAGGUCCAAGUGGUAAGGUGAAGGUCCGCCCUGAAUGUGGAAUCAUGUCUGGACCAAGUCCACCUCUGCCUCCAAGACCUUCGUUUAUGAGUCUUACACCAGAAUAUGUGAUGGUACUACCCUCACCUGCUUCACCUCCUACAACCGCUCAGACACCUCCCUUAACCAAGCCACCACUGUCUACAGAUAAGGGGCCUCUGCCAGGAAAUCCUAAUGUUGUUCUUAUCAGUUUAGGAAAAUUGCUCUCAGAGGAGAGAGAGGCGCCCACACUUGGAGAACCGGUGUCCUGCUCACGAUGCGGCUCAGUGUUGGACAGUUGGCAGAAAGAUGAGGUAUUUGCAUUACAGGUUGAAGUGUGUUACAUUUGUCAGAGUGGUGAUUUGACCAGACCCUCCGGUGGGCCGAAGAGUCCUCUAAGUACUCAGAGAGAUGAACUCUUUCUGCUUAACCCUGAAGAACAGCGGCUGCCUGCUGCUGAUUCCCUGCUGCUCUUCUGCAUCGACGCGUCAGGCUCAAUGAGCAUCACCUCUGAGGUGUUGGAAGGGGGACAGAACAGCAACAGAUCCAGACUGAAGUUUGUUCAAGAAGCUGUGUUGCAAUGCGUUCAGAAACUAAGUGACCAACAGCCUGAUGUUCGAGUUGGACUCAUCACUUUCAACUACCAGGUCACAAUGCAUGGCAGCAAUCAUCAUCAAUCACAGCUUCUCAGUGGUGCUGAGUUGAAUGACAGCAGCUUUUUGAAAGAGGCUGCAGCAGAGUUUCCAAUUCCUCCCCCACUUUCACAAACCAAAGACUGCUUACAGAGGCAGAUUCUAGGAUUAUCUGCAAAUGGAGAAACAGCUCUGGGUCCAGCUGCUCUCCUUGCAAUUACAAUGGCCUCCCGACUACCAGGCUCUAAGGUCAUUAUCUGUACAGACGGAAAAGCCAACGCAAAACUAGGAAAUCUAGAAGAAGAGGACAAUGAUGCUCGAACCCUCCUCUCAUCCACCAUCUUCUAUAAGGACCUUGGAGAGUAUGCCGCUAACCAGGGAGUGACCAUGUCCGUGCUGUCUAUUGAAGGAACUGACUGCCGGCUGGAGGAACUGGGAAGACUGGCAGAUCGCACUGGAGGGAAAGUAGUAAUAGCGAAUCCCAACCAGCUGCAUGCAGAGUUUGAAGAGAUAAUUCAAAACAGGACCAUAGCUACACACUGUGCAGUAACCAUACUGGUGCCCAAAUCUCUGCGGAUAAAAGGAGAGAGGGAGGCGGGACACAAAGGGACCAGAGAGGUGGGGAAUGUGAGCAUCGAUACUGAGAUCACCGUCCAGUUUGGAGCAAGUGAAGACACAGAAGUUGUGGCACCAGCCUCUGGCAGCCGUGUCGUCAUGCAGCUUCAGAUCAGAUACAGGAAGAACGGACAGGCUCUGCUCAGAGUGUUUACUGUAGAGAAAGAAGUCACCGCCGACAGCUCAGCGGCUCUGUCCUCCCUCUCUCUGGCCAUCAUUCAGCUCAACUCAUUACAGGCCAGUGCCGCCCUGGCUGUCCGAGGCCGCUUCCUGGACGCCUGGAAGGAGGGAGCUCUGCAGCAGAAGCUUAUUGAAAGAGCAAUAGAGCAUAAUCAGAGUGCAGAGGAUGAACAGACGUACCAAAACUGGGUUAAAACCAUGAAGUCUAUAAACAAUAACAUACAGAAUCUAACAAGGCGGAAAAGUAUUAUGUCUGACUCGGAGUCUCUAACAGACGCGGGUGCAGCGCUGCUCUUCACCAUGAAGCACAGCAACAGGAAGUCCAUUUCACUGAAGGAUGAACACCAGUCCCUCCUCUCUUUACCUCGCUAGAAACAGCCAGACAUCCAUGAAUGGAGGAGUUUAAUGUUACAUACAGGCUUUAGCUCACUGGCUUUCUAUAGGAGCAAAAAAUAAAUGAGUUAUACAUUAAACUAUGACCAUUUCUUUCUGA